UUUAUUCGUUACGACUGUCUAAAAGUAAGCGGCUCGGUUCCGUGUUGUCGAUAGCUACAUAUGUAUGUAUGUAUGUACAUAUAUGUACCACGGAGUUUCACUGUGUGUUUAAUGCUUUAUAUCUGGCAGAGUGCACGGCAAGUACUUAAAAUUAGUAUAACUCGCUUCUCCAAGAUGUCUCAGAUACUAGAUAUUGCUGAUGUUGAUAUUGAUCCCAAUGGUGAUUUCAAAUAUAUUUUGAUCCAAGUCAAAGAAAAAGGAAAAAAUGAUUUCUCAAGAACUAUUGUAAGAGGUUAUGCCGGAUGUGAUUAUCAUGCUGACAUUUUUAAAAUGGUCGAGGCAGAAUUAGAGAAAGUCAGUUCCAACUUGAAGGCCAUAUGCCGGGGUGGUGGUAGGAUUCAACACGACGCCAGCGACAAAAAAAUGAAAGUCUACGGAUAUUCGGAGGCAUAUGGCAAAGCAAACCACAAAAUGGCUUUGGGUAUCCUGAAAAAGCGGUAUCCAGAUUAUAAAAUCACUUGGUCUUACGAGUCAUUUUAAUUAAAGUAUUAUGUCAAUCAAGAUAAUAUUUUGGUUGUAUUUCUAAUUACUUUUUGGUUGUACUUGUCAUUCAAAUAUCUUGUCAAUCAAGAUAGUACACAAAUCAAUUUUUGUGUAAAUCAAAAAAACAUUGAUAAUAAAAUUUAAUAUAA